GCGGGUUGGGCCUCGGGUCGCCUGCAGCCCGCGUCAGCCCCCGGUGCCCCGCGCAGGGGCCGUGGGAGGAGAGCGUCGGUCGGCGGCCGCCUCGGAGGCGGCACGGCCACAGCGGCGUCGCGGCUUCUCCUCAGCCGCCGCGCGGAGGCCGGGGCUUCUCCGCCCGGCCGGCUCUGUGGGCGCCCGGGGGACGUCCCGGGGCUCCCGGAGGCCAGGCUGCCGCGGGGCGUGGAUGAAAAAGGAUGACAGUGAAGCUGGGGGACGGCGGCGGCGGCGGCGAGGUCGGGCUCAAGAAGCUGGGCAAGCGGUCGGCCGAGGAGGAGGCGCUGGCCGGAGACGCGCCCGGCGGCGCGGACGCGGCCGAGGACGGCGGCACAAAGCGCGACGGGCCGCCCCCCCGGGCCGGCGCCCCCGCGGCCCCCGGCGCGGCGCCGGCGCUCGGCGGCCCCCAGGACCAGCACCACUUCCUCCGCUCCAGCGUGCGGCCGCAGAGCAAGAGGCCCCGCCGGGACCCGCCGGGCGCGGUGGGCGGCGGCAGCUCGGGGCCCCGCGGCAAAGGAGCCGAAGGUGGCGGGUCGUCGUCUGGAAAUGUAUCUGGGGUUGCCCCCAGUGCCCCUGCGGGGGGCUCGCGCUCGUCCUCCCGGAACUUAGGGUCUUCUGGUGCUGAGAAGGAAGAAGGCAAGAAGGUCCGGCGGCAGUGGGAGUCGUGGAGCACGGAGGACAAGAACACCUUCUUCGAGGGGCUGUACGAGCAUGGGAAGGACUUUGAGGCAAUUCAGAACAACAUUGCCCUGAAGUACAAGAAGAAAGGCAAGCCCGCGAGCAUGGUGAAGAACAAGGAGCAGGUCCGGCACUUCUACUACCGCACCUGGCACAAGAUCACCAAGUACAUCGACUUCAGCAACGUGUUCUCCCGAGGGCUGAAGAAGUCGUCCCAAGAGCUGUACGGCCUCAUCUGCUACGGCGAGCUGCGCAAGAAGAUCGGGGGCUGUAUGGAUGACAAGAAUGCAACGAAGUUGAACGAACUCAUUCAGGUUGGGGCUACGACAGUGCGCUACAAGGGGAGAAAUCUGCGGAUCAAAGCACCCAUGUGUCGGGCUCUGAAGAAGCUCUGUGACCCUGACGGCUUGAGUGACGAGGAGGACCAGAAGCCAGUGCGCCUACCCCUCAAAGUUCCUGUGGAGCUCCAGCCACGGAACAACCACGCGUGGGCCCGCGUGCAGAGCCUUGCUCAGAACCCGCGCCUCAGGAUGAUUGUGGAGCUGCACCGCAAGGUCUCCAGUCUCAUCGAGUUCCUGAAGCAGAAGUGGGCGCUGCACGAAGUGCGGAUUCGCAAGACGCUGGAGGAGCAUCAGGUGCAGGGCCCGUGCAGCACACCAGCACAGGAAAGGGUGACCCUGCACCUGUUCCCAGGCGAGAACUGCACGCUGACACCGCUGCCCGGCGUGGCCCGCGUGGUGCACUCCAAGGCCUUCUGCACCGUGCACUGGCAGGAGGGCGGCCGGUGCAAGCAGAACUCAAAGGACACUCACACGCUGCCCCCCGCCCAGAUCCUGGGCAUCCAGAGCGGGCAGGGGACAGCCCGAGGCCAGGUGAAGUGCCCUCGCAGCGGUGCCGAGGGCAAGGGUGGGGGGCGGCCUCUUCCCACCGAUGCCUCACAGAGCUCUGGAGAGAGUUCCCCCGAAAGUGGUCCUGGGGAGGGGGCUGCACCAUGCCUGAGCAGCCCAGACGCCACUGACAGGCCUUCCCCUGGGCACCAGGAGGUGGGGGUGCAGCUUGAGAAGACCUCCCGGGCCCUGGCUGACAGUGGGGAUGGCCCCACGCGGGAGCCAGGGUCCUUGCCAUGUACCUGUGGCCAGCUACCAGACCUGGAUGACGAGCUCUCGCUCCUCGACCCGCUGCCCCGCUACCUGAAGUCCUGUCAGGACCUCAUCGUCCCGGAGCAGUGCCGCUGUGCGGACUCACGGCUUGGGAGGGAGCCCCCUCCUCCGAGUGCGGCCGCUUCCCCAGAGACGCGUGUCCCCGGCGGUGAGGAGGCUGCCGACUUCAUCCCACCUGGCCCAGAGCCUCUGCCCGGCCCUGGGCUCCCACCAGACGUUUGCACUAAAGACUGCCCAGACACGCCCGUGGAGGAGCCCAGGGAGAAGGGAAGCCUCUCGGAGCCACCGCCUCAGGGACAGCCCCCUCCCACCAGGCCCCCGAAGGAGCUCCCGGCCAGCCGGCUGGCCCAGCAGCUCCGGGAGGAGGGCUGGAACCUGCAGACCUCCGAAAGCCUUACGCUGGCCGAAGUCUACCUCAUGAUGGGCAAGCCCAGCAAGCUGCAGCUGGAGUACGACUGGCUGGCCGUGCUGGGCCCCGAGGGCCGCCCCGGCUCCCCGCCCGCUGUCCACAGGCAGCGGCUCCUCAGCUGCCUCCUGAGGCUCAUCUCCACUGAGGUCAGCCCCAAGCUGGCUCCAGAAGCAAGUGCUGUGUCCACAGCCUCCAUGAGGCCUGCCCAGGAGGAGCAGUCGAUGACCCCCCCGGGGAAGAUGGUGACCAUGAGCUCUCGGAGCCCCCGCUGCCCUCGAAACCAGUCCACCCUCCGUGGCAGCAAGACCUUCCCGCCGGGCCCCACGGCCUGCUCCUCAGGUUUGAGAAACCCUCCACGGCCGCUCUUGGUAGCGGGUCCCUCCAGCACAGGCAGCGGUGACUCAGAUGGUGGCCUUUUUGCUGUCCCUACAACUCUGCCCCCUAAUAGUCGGCACGGGAAGCUCUUCUCUCCCAGUAAAGAAGCGGAGCUGAGCUUCAGGCAGCAUCUGAACUCCAUCAGCAUGCAGUCGGAUUUCUUCCUGCCAAAGCCCCGGAAGUUGCGGAAGCGCCACCUGCGCAAGCCUCUGGUGGUCCAGAGAAUGCUGCUUCCUAGACCGUCUGAAAGCCAGUCCCAUAAUGUCUGCUCCUUCUCCAUCCUGUCUAACUCCUCCAUAACUGGGAGAGGCUCCUUCCGGCCCAUCCAGUCUGCCCUGAGCAAAGCGGCUGUGUCCCGACCAAUUGUGCCCAAGGCCCUGCCGCCCCAGGCCACGAGUCCUCUGGCCAGUGCUAUCGACUUGGCUGCAAAAAGUGCCGGCAUCCUCCCCGGGAGCCCCCUGCCCAUCGUGGAUGCCGAGGGCUUGCCGAGCACCCCGCCACUGUCUUCAGACAAGGUGACAGCUGCUGUCCCAGGUCAGGACCCGGCCAGAACCCACCAGAGUGAAGACCCUGUCCCCACUGUGCAGGGCUCCGGGGAGUCCUUCAUCAGUGUCCCCUCGAGGCCUGGACAGGAGCCAGUGACGGACAGUUUUCAGCAGGAGUCACCUGUUCUCUCCCUGUCUGAGCUGCCCAAGGCUCACCUCCAGAACGGCCCCUCGGCACCCCUUCCCUCCUCGGAGGGUUCCAGCACUCGGCUCUCUCCACCCAACGUCUCUGCACUGCUGGACAUCUCCCUGCCCGGUCCGCCCGAGGAUGUGCUGUCGCAGGGAGAGCCCGCCACGCAGAUCAGCGACUCCAUCAUUGAGAUCGCCAUCAGCUCCAGCCAGUUUGGUGAAGGGGUCCCUCUCUCUCCAGCAAAACUGAAUGGCAGUGACAGCUCCAAGAGUCCUCCCUCUCCGUCCAGCAGCCCCCAGCCCAACUGGAUUGCGUCCCCUACCCAUGACCCUCAGUGGUACCCCAGCGACUCUACAGACUCCUCGCUUAGCAGCCUGUUUGCGAGCUUCAUCUCCCCAGAGAAGAGCCGGAAGAUGCUGCCAACCCCUGCCGGGACCAACAGCGGCACCUCCUUGCUGGGUCCCAGUUUGUUGGAUGGAAACUCACGAGACUCGUUUGUGUCCAGGUCCCUGGCGGAUGUCGCAGAGGUGGUGGACUCCCAGCUGGUGUGCAUGAUGAACGAAAACAGCAUUGAUUACAUAUCUCGGUUCAACGACCUGGCCCAAGAGCUGUCCGUCACUGAGCCGGGCCGCCGAGAGGUUCUGUUUGACGGUGGUGGAGGUGGCCCCCCUGUUGGUGACCUCUCCCAGUGACCGAGCCUCAUGACAGGGCCUCCUGAAGGCUGCAGAGAGCUUAUGGGCUGGCGUCCUUGUGUGCGGGCGGGGCGCUCUCCACACUGGAGAGAACACAGCGACCCCAGGAUCCCAGAGGAUGGGGUGACAGAGGCACCUCUGCACCCCAGAGCAGCGUGCACCGUGUGGGAGCAGCCGGUCCAGAGUCAUGCCCCACCAGCUGGGGCUGCAGAGGUCGCCCGACGACGGCAGAUCCCGGUCCCGUGCUGGGAUCGGUGUGGUGUCCGGUUUCAGUCUACACUCUCCCUGGACUGUGGUGCUGGACAUUCCAGUGGGUUUUCUUCCUACAGAAAGGGGUGCGUGCCUUGGCAGGGAUGUCGCUGCCUGGGGAGGGGUGGUCUCCCCUCUCUGCUCCUGGCUGCUGCUGCUUGCUUUCUGCCAAACCUGUGCCACAGUUGGGCUGCCUUCCGCAGAGUGAUGUUGGGGUACAGAGGGCGUGGCCAGGCCCGUGCCUGGAGGUGUCUGCUCCCUGAGACCACAAGUACUUGAGGGGACACUGAUCACAGGGCAGCAGGAGGGUCCCAGGCGGUGUGGCCAGAACCGUCCCCCAGUAUUCUGGUCCUUUCCCCCGAUCUGGGCGCUGUGAACUGACUCAACAGGAAGGGGAAGAGCAGGUCCGGGGCAGGUUGUGUGCACUCCGUGACCCUCCCGCCCUGGUGCGCGCGUUUCUUGUGCUCAGCUGGUUUCCUCCCACGGUCCAUCUGCAAGUUUCUUAGUCAUGAGACGUCACUGCGCCGCGUUGGGGCGGCCCUGAGCACCGGGCAAGCUCUUGAGCCGUUCCUGCAUUCCCCUUGGCGCCGGGACAAUCCUGCCUCUGCGCAGCACCUGCUCCUCCGUGACACGGGUGCGCCGUGUGCCUGUGCCCGGGAGCCUCCCAUGUGCCGGUGCCUGGAUGGCGUCCUCGGCAUGCCGGGAGCCUCCCGUGUGCCGGUGCCUGGAUGGCGUCUUCAGCGUGCCGGGAGCCUCCCGUGUGCCCAGUGCGUGGAUGGCGUCCUCGGCGUGCCGGGAGCCUCCCGUGUGCCCAGUGCGUGGAUGGCGUCCUCGGCGUGCCGGGAGCCUCCCGUGUGCCCAGUGCGUGGAUGGCGUCCUCGGCGUGCCGGGAGCCUCCCGUGUGCCCAGUGCGUGGAUGGCGUCCUCGGCAUGCCCGGGAGCCUCACGUGUGCCUUUCCCUGAGACCUCCAUUGCUCUCCUGUUCAGGGAACCUCGGCAAAGUCCAGAUGUCUGGGUGUCAUCCAAGCUCCCAAGCCCGUGUCCUUUUGCUGGUCGGCCUCCUGUAGCCACGUUUGGUGGCAGUGGUCAUUACCGCAGAUGGCCCCACGUCCAGGCUUUGCUCAGAGUGAGGCUGUCAAGGGCUCCUUUGCAUCAUCAGCCUCAGGGGGUCCCAGCACCCAAGUCACUGUCCAGCCCUGGACAGUGUGGCUGACCGCCAGCACUGAUGGGGCUUUCCUGAGCCCCGCUGCCGCCCCGCCCAGACGCCACUGCCGCUCCUCUGGCUUCUCUGCCCAUCUGCAGUGCAGAAGGGAGCUGGUGUGAAAAGCAUGGAGUGGGCUGGGACACAGGCAGCGUGGGUGGUGCAGUCCUGUCCCCCCACCCCCAGGUGCUGCGGCCCCCCUAGGCUUCAGUCAGGUCAGAGGUCAGGCUCCAAGCCUGCAGCAGAACAGGAGCGGGCGGGGUCUCUGGGCCCGGCGAGGGUCUUCAGAUCUCCACUCGGGUGUGUGUGCACACUCCCAAAGCAGAGGGGGGAAGGCACAGGGGCGGCUCUCCCAGCACCUGCUCCGGGUCACCCAAGCAGAGCCUGUUCUGCAGUAACACCCCGUGGAGCUGAGGGGGGUCUCGGGUUGGCUUGCCCUUGUUCACAGGAAGUGCUGUCCUUUGCGCCAGAAAAACAAUGGGUGCUGUUCUGCCCGUCUGAAUGGAGAUUCACGUGCAACACGGGCCCUGCGCGAGGCCCCCCCUGCCCCGCAGUGCUGACAGCCUCCCUGAGAACCCGGCUCCCUUUGUGCGAGGGAACAGACCUUGGUUAAGAGGAGGUGGGUCUCGGAAAAGCUUUUCCCCAGUCAGGGAUCUUCACCCGGAUCCAUCUUGGGGGAGUGAGGCUGGUGUGGCCUCAGGUCUUGUGAGUGCGCGGCGACGCAGGGCCGACCGGAGCCUUUGACCGCAAGGCUCUCUCUCCGCCUUGGGUUGCUUGCUCAGGGAGUGGGGGUCUGUGGGGACAGUUCCUCAGCCAGCCUGCAGGCUCCACUCUGCCACGCCACACCAGGGCCUCGCGGGGCCCGUGGCCUCUUCAGAUCAGACUGUGGAAGGCGUGGGAUUCGAGAGACCAGAACAGCUGCGUUUCCUGUUGAAGCUCCGAGCUCCCUCAGGAGGCAGCGCACUUUGUCUUGGGAAGGAAGCGAUUGAUCUUCAGAGGAAGGAGCCCCACUGUCCGCCUUUGCCAGCUGUCACCCCCACCCGUCCGGGGGCGUGGGGCCAGUCCUGCAGGCCUCCCCACGGGUGCAGGCCCCGGAGCUGCGUUCUGGGCGGCGGAACUCACUGCUACUUCCUUUUAUAAUCGUUAAGCCAUAUCAUCGGAGGUUUUCGGCUGUUUGAGAUGUGAAUUUGUUUUAUAGAUUAUAAAUACACAGUGUAUGUAUAAAGCAGAAUGCCUGCCCUUCUCGAUUAUUUUUUGUACCAUAUUGUAAAUUAUAUUAUUUAUUCUUUACCAAUUUUGGGAAUAAAAGGUGUUUUGGUUAUUUAAUAAACAAAAGCUGUUAAACUUCUGUUUAAAUUUCCAGUUCAACUUGUAAAUGUUUUUAUUGUGCAUAAAUACAUACUAAUACUUGA